AUGGCUUCGAGGUAUACUCCCUCACCUUUGCAAGGCCAACAACAGCAACAGCAACGAUACGCGCCCCCGAACCAGUUUCAAGAAGGACACACCAACCCCACAGACUCAUCCGACUGGAAUGCAUACAGCGAUCAGUCUAUGAAGCCUUCAACGGCUUCGGUGAGCUCGAUUCAAAGUUGGGUCUCAACAGACCCUUCGUCGAGCAACUACGCGAGCCAAUAUACCAGUAACAGUAGCGGCCAAUCCCAGCAGCAACCGGCCCACUAUUCAUCCCAUCAGUCCUAUGUGCCACCCCCGCGAGGAUCCUCCGCCACGCCCUCAGCCAGGAACCGAAGCAACAGCAAUAAUAGCACUGCAAGUGGAGCAGGCAUGGGAUAUGGGUAUGGUAACAGUGGUGGUUACACCGGAAGCCAUUUGAGCCAUGUCAGUCAAGUGAGCAACAACAGCAGCGUUUAUUCACAACAGCAACAGCAGCAGUACCAACCACAACAAUAUCAUGACCUGUCUACCUACCAACCCUCAACCUCAUUCAACGGGGUACCUAACGCCAACGGAUCUGCCCGACCGGACCAACAGUACACUCAGCAAGGAUACCCAAGCUACGAUAUCCAACACGCCAACGAGUCGAAUAUCUCUUUGGGGAACAGCACAAGUGCUGAUAGUCAUGCACCCAACUUUCAACAACCACAGCCACUUUAUUCCCACCAACACCAGCAGCACCAGCAGCAACAGAGACAGCAUAGAUCGACUCCCUCGGACACCUCUCACGUCUCUGUCAGCCGCGCUCUCCAUCAGGAAUCUCUAGCGGCUCAGUCACAGUCGCUGAUGCAGCCGAUUGAGCAAGUCGGACCAAGCCAACAGGGCUCUCCUCGCAUGAACCAUAGAACUGUCCCCAAACGUCGUGAGCAAGGACAAGCGACAGCAAACACGACUCCAGAUGGCGGUCUGCCCUCGUUGGAUCAGUACGAGGCCAUGCUUCAAAAGAUGGCCUCCCCUACUCUUGGACCAAGCAGCCCUCGUGAGGCUCGCUCCAACCUGAGGCGGAUAGACCAUGAUCGCGAGAGCAGGGCGGCACGGCAGGCGAGAAAGCAACAGCAACAACACCAGCCGCCGAUGGGUAUGGAUCAGAUGAUGAGCGGUCUGGUACCUCCCCCACCCGCCGUGAUGAUUGUAGGGGAUUCUUCUCCGGUGGACCAAUCUAGCCUUCUUGGUGGCAACCGCCUAAGAGUGACAAGUGCAGAGGAACGCAAGCUCCGGAGGCGAAGCAGUUUGCCAACCUCUCUUGCGAACUCACCCAGCCAGCUAAUGACCAAUCUUAGACGCCGCAACAGCGGCCACCACUCUCCCAUGGAUUCUACAGCCCCAUCAGCGACUCUCCAGGUCCACCCACUGGACAAUCCCUUUGGCCGCCGCCCCCUUGACAUGGGCACCCAUCAGGAAUCGUCCCCGGCUUCGCAGGGAUAUGAGAACAGUCGGCGCCUGCUGCAUGUGGACGAGGAUGACGACAACGGGUCCGUGUUAUCGGACGACUCUGAACGCCAGCGGCUGGACCAACAGCGACGGAACAAACGCAACUCGCCUCGACUCUCACAACUGGUCGCAAAACCUCCAUUGACGACAAAGUCCCAGCUCCGUCUGAGCCAUACUCUGAGUCAAACAGACGUGGACGAGGUCAACAUGCUGGCAUCUCCUGGAGCCAAGGACGGCGACCUCGAGGUAGCCUCCGUUGCCGCGCUGGCCGUUGCUGAUACUACAGCUAAUGAUAAUCAGAAGACGGAUGAGGGCGAUCGCCAAAUCGAGCAGUUCCAGUGGGAACUCUCACAGCUGCAGGAAGAAGUCUCGCCCCCAAGGAACAUGGCCAGCCCCAAGCCCUCGCCUGCCACACCUUCUGCGUCGCGUUCAAGGGCGACCACACCACUUGGGAUCGUUGCUGAAGAGUCUUUGCCAAUGCCAACAGGACCCAGUCGUCAACAUCUUUUGGCUUCAUUGGAGGAUGGCGGUCAUAAAUCUGGACCUAAUCGGACAACGUCUCCAAUCUCCAUGAUGAAAUCUCGUCCAACAACACCGGUUUCUGGAAUCCGCCCACCACCUGGCCCAGCCCCGUCUAUGAUGUCUGCACCUAUCCCCAGUACUGGUGCCUACCCUUCUCCUCCACCUUCAGUCAAUGGAGGACCAAGAAAGGGAACACGGGAUCCAGCUCGUCGAGCCAAGCCCAGUCCAUCUGUGUCGUCCAGUAUUAUGGCACCUACAACACCAAGAGCCAGGGCUGGAUCUAUUGCCAUGAUGGACGGGAUGUUGACCCAAGCUCCUCCAACGCUCCCUCUUCCUUCGCUGCCCCCGCCUCCACCACCCUCUGCCGGAUCACGGCCGUCGACUGCUUCUACCUCGAAUGAGACCGCGUCGCAGCGUCGUCGCAAGCCCUCUGGAGGUCGGGAUCUUGUUCAGCCAAGUGCUCAGUUGUUGGCAGAGUACACAUUUGGUGGUCAGGAUUCUUUGCCAACACCUGCACCGUCUCUUCCCAUGACGCCCGAGAUCGGAUCCAAUGGAGCUUCGCCGUCGAUGCUUGAGAAGGAGAAGGAGCUGGUGACUGCCAAGGAUGAGAUCCAGCGACUGCAGGCCUUGUUGGCCGAACAGGACAAAGGUGCAGCAGCCGCAGUGGAGGCCCGCCAGGAACUCGAGACGAAACUGGAAGCCAUGAUGAUCAAGAAGCUGCAGGAGGAAGGCGACGACAUGCAAUGCGCACCCGGUUCGAACAACACGGCAGCAGCAGCUAAACAAGAGGAGCAAUUAGAAAAGAUGCGGCACGAACAGAGUGCCCAGCAGGAAUCCAACGCAGCCCUUCAACAGGAACUUGAGGUCUUUGCCGAGCGGUUGCAGCAGGAAGAGGCACAGUAUCGGACCCUCCAGGAUACGGUCCAGCGUCUGACUCUCAAAAUCUCACGUCUUGAAGAUCAACACGCUGAAGAGGUUCAGCAGAUCCAGCGGGAUCAUGAAGAGUUCUUGGAGAAGGUUGUUCAGGAUCAUGCCGAAAAGCUUACCGACCUGACAGAACAGUCCAAGACAGACUCUGAGCAGCUCGUCCUCAAGUUCCGUCAGGAGCAACAGGAACACCUGGGACAUGCCGUCGCCGAGAGGGAGUUGAUCAAGGACCAGGCGACCUUCCGCGCACGGGAAAAGGUUCUCACCGCCCGCUUGGACGAGCAGGUCGAUCGGAAUCAACAACUUGAGGCACGGAUCUUUGACUUAGAGAAGAAGCAGGGCGAGCAUGACUUUGAGAUGGACACGUGGAUCAAGACCAACAAGUCGCUGGAGCGCCAAUUGGCCAUCGAGCAACUUCAGCAGCAGGAGAGCCGGUACCAGAUUGAGAAAGUCGAACGGGAGAACCGUCGUCUGCGUGCCAUCCUGGCUGAUCUCGAUCUUGCAGCCCGACUUGGCCGAGCUGUCGAUAGCGGCAAUGAGGAUGAGGUGGAGGAGGAGGAUGAGGAGAACAGAGAGGAGGAGGUCAAAUCGGCGUAUGAGCGUCAGCGGGAGAAGUGGAUCCACCAGACACAGUUGUUGGAACGCAAAAUGACCAAGGCUGAGGAGGAGGCGACUGCUAUCAUGGAGAAGAAUAUGGAGCUCAUGGUCGCCCUCGAGAUGGCCCAGUCCUCAUAG